ACCCGCCGUACAAAGCGUCGUCACUGCGCCUGCGCCAGGAGCCCGCAGUCCCUUCGACCUCUACAGCAGCCGCUGCCGGCGAGCCAGGAGGCCCAACCCGCACCCGCCCGGCAGCAGCAGCAGCAGAAGCCGCAGCCCUACCACCAUGUUCGCCUGUGUCAAGCUGGCCGCCGGCUCGCCUGCCUUGGUGCGUGCGGGGUCAAGAAUCCUGUACAGACCAAUCUCUGCAUCUGUGUUGUCUAGGCCGGAAGUCAGGACUGCUGAGGGCAACACAACUUUCCUUACCGGACCUCAGGAUCCUAUCAGUCCAUUUGCACUAAGGAAGUUUCAAACUAGUGCCGUUAGCAGGGACAUUGAUACGGCUGCCAAAUUUAUUGGUGCUGGUGCUGCCACAGUCGGAGUGGCUGGUUCUGGUGCUGGUAUUGGAACAGUCUUCGGGAGUCUAAUCAUAGGCUAUGCCAGAAAUCCUUCUCUGAAGCAGCAGUUAUUCUCGUAUGCUAUUUUGGGAUUUGCCCUGUCUGAAGCCAUGGGUCUCUUCUGUCUGAUGGUUGCUUUCCUGAUCUUGUUUGCCAUGUGAAGAGAACUGCUAAACUGGCAUUACUGAACUACGAAUGUGAUUCCGUGUACUCGGGCUCAGAAAUUGUUUAUCAUGGAAACGUAUGCUUCUUCCAAAGCAGAUUAAUUAAAGAUGGUAACGAGUUUAAA